UUGAAGUAGCCACUAGAAGUGAAAACGCAUAUAAGAAUGAAAUUCAUAAUUAUAAAGAAGCGAUUCAAGAUAUCUAUGAUCAAAUUGAUAACUUAGAUGUUAAUAAAUUAAACAGUAUAUUAUGCACAAAUGAAAUUCCUGGCCUUCAAAAUUUUGCAGCAACUAAUGAAUUGCCUGCUGUAAUUUGUUAUUCAAAUUUCGAAGAAGCAACUGAUCAUUCUGAACCAAGAAUACAUGAAAUUAAUAAUACUGAAAAUAUUAUUAAUUCAGAACCUUC